AUGAAAUGCUCAGUAUGCAAUGGCGACGCGUGGAAAACAAGAUCACGUUUGACAGGUGUGCAAUGGAGACGCGUGGAAGCACUAGAUCACAUUCGACCGGGCCUGGGAUGCCUUCCGCAUGGCCGAAUUUCAUACCCAACCAACCCCUUGUUGCUCUCUUCUCCUCCCCUCUCGCAGGUUCUUGAUUCGCCUCUGAAGGCCUGGGAUGCAUACCGCAUGGCCAAACCUGUCAUGCCAUCCCCUGAGUCAAUGCAAGACCCGAACCGCGCUGCCUUUUGGUUGCUGCAGCGGCCAGCACUGGAGGAUGGGGUGGAGAUGAGCGAGAGGGACAAGGAAUCGGUGGUGGUGGGAGCACGAGGUACCCAUCCCCUGAGUCAAUGCAAGAACCCGAACCGCGCUGCCUUUUGUUGCUGCAGCGGCCAGCAACUGGAGGAUGGGGUGGAGAUGAGCGAGAGGGACAAGGAAUCGGUGUGGUGGGAGCACGAGUGGAAGCAGCGAUAUGAGGGCAUGCGAGAAGCAGUGCUGCAGAAGCAGCCAGGGUGGCAGCAGGCGCAGCAGGCUUUAAUUGAAAUGGAUCCAUCUGCGGCUCUCAACGACCCUGAGCUCGAUGCUGCCAUCCGAACCAAGCCUCCCAAGGCUCGGCGGCUGCCGAAGCUGGAGGGCGACGUGGAGGCUCGGAUGGCCGCAGCUCUGGAGGAGGCUCGGAAGAAGGUGGAGAAAAUGACUCCUCCUCCCCGACCCAAAGACUUUGGGACCUUCCAGCUAGACUGGGUGCAGGAGCCUGAUCCCUCCAAGGUGAAAGGGGGAGGCUGA